ACCAGCAGCGCCCCCGAACUGACCAAAACCGAAGCACGCGACGGAACGCGGCCAAGCCGCCAAAGCCAAGCCCCUCUACCGCUUUCCUCUUCCUGGUUCAGAUUCCUCCGUUGGUUUCGAUCUCCUCGCCUCCGUCUCCAGCGGGGCCAUGGCGUCCUCCUCCUCCUCCUCCUCGCGGUUCGACGAUCCGGCGGCGGUGAGGCGGCCCCCGCAGCGCGAGCGGAAGCCGCCGUAUAUGUUGCUGCUCCCGCUCGUCUACGCCCCCGUGCUCCCUCUCAUCAGGAUCGGGCUGCGGCACAACCCCGUGGUGAGGGACCGCCUCUUCUACGGCGUCCUCGCCGGCGCAUUCGCCCACGGCGCCUACCUCAUAUCGGAAUUGUAUGACGUGGAGAGCAAAUGAUGGGGCAUCCUUCGGAGGAUGAAGAGAUAAGUUCAGGCAGCAAAAAAUUUUGAUUCCAUCGGGAUUCCAGAUUGGAUGAGAACUGACUUGGCUAUUCACAUUACUAGUGUGCUAUGUACCUAAAUUUUGUUUGGUUCGUGCUAUUAUAUUGCCAAAAGGAUGGAAUGUUUGAGCACAGAAAAUAAUUCCAGACUGCGAGAAAUAUUUCCAGCGAUGGUAUUCCAUUUGCAGGCUCCCGUUGGCUACUGAGAUUUUGAUUUUCAAA